AAGCUGUUGUUUCUCUUUCUCGACUCUUUUUGAAGGAACUUUUGAAUCUUUAAAUUGAAUCCAAGCUCUUCAGCGAGAGUUAUUGGAUGGCUAGAAGGAUGGAGUUGGGGUUCCCGAAGUCUGCUUCAUAUAGUCUUCGAGAACAAGCUGCUAGAACGAUUCUACGCAAUGUAAGGUCACAAGGGCACUCAUACGUUGAGCUACGAGAAGAUGGGAAAAGGUUUAUUUUCUUCUGCACUUUGUGUCUUGCACCAUGUUAUAGUGAUUCAGUGCUCUUUAACCACCUGAAGGGCACUCUUCACACUGAAAGACUAUCUGCUGCUAAGCUGACACUCUUAGGACCAAAUCCGUGGCCUUUUGAUGAUGGUGUUCUUUUCUUCCAUAAGCCAGUUGAAGGAGAUAACCAGGUUCGGAGUUUAAACGACAAUCAUGAAAGGUUGUUGGAGUAUCACAACAAUGAUAACAAUCUUGCUAUUGUCAGCUAUGUUGAUAAUUCUAAAGGAAAUGGCAAUGGCCAUGAUGAAUUUAAUGGAAAUGUGCGGAACGUGGAAGAUUGUUCCUUCGAGAAUUUGGACGACGGUGGAGACAAUGGUCCUUUGGUGAUUCCUGGUGUACUGAUUAAGGAUGAAAUUUCUGAUAUAAAAGUGAUGGAGUUGGGUUAUGGACAAAUUGCUGCAAGGUUUACUGAGAAGGAUGGGAUCGUAUGUGGGGUUAGCAGAAUAUGGUGUGAAUGGCUGGGAAAAGUAAAUGUUGGGCUCGAGAAUAAGGUCAAAGUUCCUGUACAUGACUGUGCUAUUGUUACUUUCACUUACAAUGUUGAUUUAGGUAGAAAGGGCUUGCUCGAUGAUGUCAAGUUAUUGCUCUCGUCAAGUACCGGAGCUGAACCAGAGACUGAUGAUAACUCUAGAGUGAAACGAAAGAAAUGUUUCUCUGAUUCUGAGGAUGUUAGUCAGUCUAUGAGCCAUCAAUAUGAUUCGUCAGGUGAAGAUUCUUCAGCUUCUAAUUGUGUCAUGUCGUCACUGUUGUUGGAUAGAUACGAUGAUCGAAUUUUGAAUACAACAGUCAUGUUGAACAAGUCAGUAAAGCGUGAGCUGAAAAAGCAACAGCGUUUAGCUUCAGAGCGGAUGUGUGAUAUCUGUCAACAGAAGAUACUUACUCAUAAAGAUGUAGCAACACUCUUGAACAUGAAAACUGGAAGACUUGCCUGCAGUAGUAGAAAUUUUAAUGGGGUGUUUCAUGUAUUUCAUACCUCUUGCCUUAUACACUGGAUACUUCUCUGUGAGUAUGAGAUGAGUGUGAAGAAUCUUGGUGGUUCAAAAGUUAGACGGAGGUACAGGAGAAAGAACAAGACUAAGGGCAACAAAUACAGCAAGAACGGCGAAACGAGACAAAUAAAAACUCAAAUUGAUUCUGUUUUCUGCCCUGCUUGUCAAGGUACCGGUGUAAUUGUUGAUGGGGAUGACCUAGAGAAACCAACUAUCCCUCUUUCUGAGAUCUUUAAAUACAAAAUAAAGGUGAGCGAUGCCCGAAGAGCAUGGAUGAAAAGCCCUGAGGUUCUGCAGAAUUGUUCGACAGGUUUCCAUUUCCCUUACCAAUCUGAAGAAACUCUACAGGAAAAUAUGAAGCAUCUCAAGUUGGUGCAUUUUUAUGGAGCUUUUGUAUAGGAAGUACCUUCAAAAUCGUCGAGGUCGGAACAGUAGUAGGCUUCGCAUACAGUAGGUCUUACUUUCUUCGUAGCUGCUGGACAAACUUUUGUUGAACAUUGUCAUGGUCAUUGUAAAUGAAAGGUCAUCGUAAAUAAUAUGGUGGAAGGGCGUGGAGUAUCUUUAUAUAUAGAUUGGUUCUUCACCGGUCUGCUUUCUGUUGGUCAGACUUCGUUGUAUGUAUAUUACUGGAUCACGUCAAAUCAGGCAUGCCAAUGUUGAAGAAUUUAAUGCUUAAUUGUCCAUGAUUUGAGACUU